AUGAUCGUGAGGGACGUGAAGCGUUUGGUGCUGGUGUUCGGGCCGCUGUUGCUGCUCCUGUUGUUGAGCGUUGCACUUUGGCACGCACACUCCAACAACGACCUGGGCUCACGCGUCGGCGCUCUCCUCGGCACCGAUGGCCGGAUCGCCGUUUCUUCCUCUUCCGCGCGGCCACACCGGGAACCGAAGUUGACCGCGGACGAAAAGCACUACGAGAUCUACUCGACAUCGACGUCCGAUGGCCGGUACUUCGACAUCCGCUUCGGCCUCGACACCUUCAACCCCAACAUCAUUCCUCACCAAAAGUUCAAUAAUACGUGGUGGAUCGUGGGCCAGUUAUUUACCGACCCCGAUGACAAUGAGCCCGGCACCGACGUCCACGAGGUCGGCUGCAUGGCGCAGUUCAUAAACGACGAGUUGAUGUGCAUCGACUAUGUGCGGCCGAUACCUUACAAGCCGACGCCGGGCGGUGUGUGCGAGGGGGAUAUCGCCUUCUACAGCUUGAACGUUGGGCCGCACGAUGCGCGCGUUUUCUUUGGGCCCCAAAGUCCCAUGACCAUCUGGGGCUCCAACAGCGCGUUCACCUGCUUCGGCCAGUUCAUCCAGGACUUCCGCAAGCUGGUCGACUGGGAGUACGAGUUGAUGACCAACACCGAUUUCGAAGUGGAAACGGAAAUCCAGCGGCCGCCUCCGUACUUCCCGUUGGAAAAGAACUACUUCGUCUUCUGGGACAAGAACGACGACAUGUACGUCCACUACGACGCAUACCCUAAGCGCGGCUACGCCAAGCUCGAGCGCGACGGCACCACCGGCCCCGAACUCGCCGAGAAGACCGAAAAGCACGACAGUAAGUGCCUGCAGCGGUACAUGCCCAAGCUCCCGCCGAAGCUCGAGUCCGUCCACCAAGCGACGAACUCGCUCAAGAUCACAUUGUGUAACCGCGCCGACAAGUCGUGCGAGCCCCAUGAUGGGAACACCUACAUCAUCACCAUCAUCCAGCACAAGACCUACUACGACUGGCACAGCGAGUACGAGCCAUAUGUCCUGCUCAUCCAGCAGCGCGCGCCGUAUGAGCUGUACGGAAUCUCGCAGAAGCCGCUGUGGAUUAGUGGUCGCAAGCGGCAUGAAGGCCGCAAGACGGACAUGAUGUAUGUCACGUCGAUGAACUGGAAAGAGCGGGGAGUAAAUUACCAUGGGUAUUUGGAUGAUGUGGUGGUCCUUGGGUUUGGGUAUGAGGAUAAGCAUGCGGGCGGCAUUGAUGUGCGCGCGGAGGAUCUGUUGGUGGGCUUGGGGCUUUGCGAAGAGCCAUGA